AGGAGUGGAAGCAAGUGCGCUUUUCGGUGUGCUGCGAGAUCCUAGGGCUAGAGGCCGUUAGCGGGAUCUGCAGUCCGGGCGACCGUGCCCGGAUCCUCUACAACGAAACCUGCUCCUAACUCACAAUGCAGGCUAUCAAAUGUGUCGUUAUAGGAGACGGAGCUGUCGGUAAGACAUGCCUCCUCAUCUCGUAUACGACAAAUGCCUUCCCUGGGGAGUAUAUUCCCACGGUUUUCGACAAUUAUUCGGCCAAUGUGAUGGUUGACGGGAAGCCUAUCAACUUAGGUCUAUGGGAUACUGCCGGUCAGGAAGACUACGACAGGCUUCGUCCGCUGUCCUAUCCACAAACCGAUGUGUUUUUACUUUGCUUCUCGCUCGUGAACCCCGCAUCGUUCGAAAACGUCCGCGCGAAGUGGUACCCGGAACUCAGUCUCCACUGUCCUAAUACACCCAUCGUCUUGGUCGGCUUGAAGUUCGACCUCCGGGAUGACAAAGAAACCCUUGAUAAGCUCCGUGACAGGAAGCUGGCUCCUAUCACAUAUACUCAGGGGCUCGGUAUGGCGAAAGAGAUCAGCGCUGUCAAAUAUCUCGAGUGUUCUUCGUUGACUCAGAGAGGUUUGAAGAACGUUUUCGACGAGGCCAUCCGCGCCGCCGUGUGUCCUCCGUACAAGCCGAAACCGAAAAGGAGAUGCGUUCUCCUUUAG